GCAGAUGCUGGUUUAUACCAAAUUUAGUCACAAAGUGCCGGAGUAAUUCAGCAUCUCUGGGGAAAAAGGUACAGCACAGGAACAGGAUCUUCGACCACAAUGACUGUGCCGAAUAUGCCAAGGCCUACUCUUAUCUGCCUGCACAUAAUUCACAUCCCUCCAUUCCUGGCAGAUCCGUGUGCUUAUCCAAUGUCUCUUGAAUGCCAGUCAUAUCUGCCGCCACUACUUAUAAUGCUGCAGCAGGACAGGACACGUCCAAUUGCAUUAGGGUGGAUGUACUGCUUGUUUCCAAAUGUACAAACUAACGCAGAGUUCUGGCAGACUAACCUGUUACCGACUACAAUCAGCGCUCCAAGUUACACUUGCAGAGUUAAACCUGGAUCUGCGGUUCAGAAUCUCUAACAUGGCAACUAAUCUUGAUUUGUAGCAAACCUAUUCAAUACAAUCCUGGAGAAUUUGGGUGGUGCCUGCUUCCCCAAGGAGACGUCUGAGUUUUUGCAUUACAACUGGUUAUCAGCAACUCUUGCGAAUUUAUUAAUCAAUUGCUCAGUUAUAAAUGGGAACAGGUGUGGCAAAGACAGCUACCCAACAGGAUUAGUUUCACUUUCAGAUAAAACUGGCUUUAAACACUUGUCUCUUUCACUGAGAUAGGAAUCUGGGAUAUUAUUAAAUAUUCCGAGUCGUGGAAAGAAAGGCUAACCUGCCCUCCACACAGUGGGAGAUAUGGACAUGAAAGGUCUGAAGGAUACCUUGGCCUGGCUAUAUUACCAAUACCUGCUUAUUACAUGUAGUUAUGUGUUGGAGCCCUGGGAACAGACAAUUUUCAAUUCAUUUCUGCUCAUCAUCGUGGCCAUGGUUCUGUACACAUCUUACGUCUUCAUUCCCAUUCACAUUUGUCUGGCACUGGAGUUCUUUUCAGGCUUAGGUGGUGGUCAGACGGAAAGCAGAAUUGCAAUCAUGACUUGAUCCGUAAUGAUUUUAAGAAUCCAGAUGGUUUUUUUUAAGAAGAGAUCCUGUGUAUCUAUGGACUUGCUGACUACUCUGGGAUGGAUUUUAAACUUACUUCAUGGCUGCAGUCUUAAAUUUGCACCUCAAUAACCUUGUGGCUCAAAUAAUGCAGUAAGAAGCAUU